AUGGUCAAUUCAAAGGACAAACUCGCUGGCAAAAAAGUCAUUGUGGUCGGGGGAACAUCAGGCAUCGGAAAAGGUGCAGCCCUUGCUCUCCUGGAACAUGGAGCACACGUCACGAUCGUGUCGUCUUCUCAAGACAACAUCGACCGGGUGGCCCUUGGUAUCGACAACGAGACUGAUUGGACGAAGGUUGGCAAUGUUCGUGACGAGGCAUCCUACACCGAUGCGAUCAAAUCUCUCGCCCCGGUGGAUCAUUUCGUCUACUCUGGCGUAGACAAGAUCAUCCGUGGUGCCAUUGCAGAGGCCGAUCUCGAGGAAGCGAAACAUUACUUUGGCGUCAAGUUUUGGGGAUCCGCCUUGACGGGCAAGAUCGUUUCGAAAUUCGACAUUAUCAAGCCUGGCGGUUCUUUGACAUUGACCUCCGGGACUGGAGCGAUGAAGCCUGGGACGACCGCUUCGAUCGGAGGCAGCUUGAAUGCCGGAUUGUUCACGAUGACUCAAGGCCUCGCGAACGAGUUGAGGGAGAAGAAGAUCCGAGUCAAUUGCGUCGUUCCGGGUGUUGUCAUUACUGAGCUCUGGGAUAAAAUGGGAAGAUCGAAAGACGAGCAGAAAGAGCUUUUCGAGAAGACGGCCAAAGAUCUGCCUGUCGGGUUCGUGGCCACUCCAGAAGAUAUCGCGGAGGCCUACUUGUACUGCCUGAGAGCAGAUUAUGCAAACGGCACUCUGAUCACGAUCGAUGGAGGCGGUAUUUUGUGA